UUGCGACUUGAGCAACACGACUUGGCAACCUGGUUGGAGGAAUCAUCGUUGUGAGUUCAGUCAGCUCUCUCUGAUAGACAGCGUGGAAAGAUGGUGCUCGAUUUGGACCAGUUUCGCACCGAUAAAGGUGGCGAUCCAGAACUCAUCCGGGAGACCCAAAGGAAGAGGUUUAAAGAUGUAACACUCGUCGACAAACUGGUCGCCGCAGAUACAGAGUGGAGGAAAUGCCGCUUCACUGCAGACAACCUGAACAAAGCCAAAAACCUUUGCAGCAAGAGCAUUGGGGAGAGAAUGAAGAGGAAGGAACCAGUUGGAGAGGAUGAGUCUCUUCCUGAGGAAGCACAGAACGUGGAGUCCCUAACAGCUGAAACACUUUCGCCCCUGACUGUAACCCAGAUCAAGAAGGUGCGUUUGUUAGUGGAAGAGGCGGUGGAGAAAUGUGACAGUGAGAGGAUAAAAUUGGAGGCGGAACGCUUUGAGUACCUGAGGGAGAUCGGCAACCUUCUGCACCCAUCGGUACCCAUCAGCAAUGACGAGGAUGCAGACAACAAGGUGGAGCGGACCUGGGGUGACUGCAGCGCCCAGAAGAAGUACUCCCAUGUGGACUUGGUGGUCAUGAUCGAUGGCUUUGAUGGAGAGAGGGGAGCUGUUGUGGCUGGGAGCAGAGGUUACUUUCUGAAGGGGCCGCUUGUGUUCCUGGAGCAGGCUCUGAUCACCUACGCCUUAAGGAUCCUCCACAGCAAGAACUACACCAUGCUCUACACACCCUUCUUCAUGAGGAAAGAGGUCAUGCAGGAAGUCGCCCAGCUCAGCCAGUUUGACGAAGAGCUCUACAAGGUCAUCGGUAAGAGCAGUGAGAAGUCGGACGACAGCGCCAUAGAUGAGAAGUACCUCAUCGCCACCUCGGAACAGCCCAUCGCAGCCUUCCUGAGGGACGAGUGGCUCAAACCCGAGGACCUGCCCAUCCGCUAUGCCGGCUUCUCCACCUGCUUCAGACAGGAAGUGGGCUCCCAUGGCCGAGACACCCGCGGGAUCUUCAGGGUGCACCAGUUUGAGAAAAUUGAGCAGUUCGUCUAUGCCUCCCCACAUGACGGCAAAUCUUGGGAGAUGUUUGAUGAGAUGAUCGGGACGGCAGAAGAGUUCUACCAGUCUCUUGGAAUUCCCUAUCGCAUCGUCAACAUUGUCUCUGGUGCCCUAAAUCACGCGGCCAGUAAGAAGCUGGAUCUGGAGGCCUGGUUCCCUGGCUCUGGGGCCUUCAGAGAGCUGGUCUCCUGCUCAAACUGCACCGACUACCAGGCCAGGCGCCUCCGCAUCCGCUACGGACAGACCAAGAAGAUGAUGGACAAGGCCGAGUUUGUGCACAUGUUGAACGCGACCAUGUGCGCCACCACGCGUGUGAUGUGUGCCAUCCUGGAGAAUUACCAAACUGAAGAAGGCAUCGUUAUUCCAGAGAAGCUCAGACCGUUCAUGCCUCCUGGUAUGACAGAGAUCAUUAAGUUUGUCAAACCCGCUCCUAUCGAUCAGGAGGUGUCUAAGAAAGCCAAGAAACAGCAGGAUGGAGGGGGGAAGAAGAAGAAGCAGGGAGGAGGAGACCAGAACCUGCCCAACGCCAUGGAGACCAUGUCCGUCAACGACUCAUAAGACUGCAGUACACAACGACUGCGCCGCUGCACCGACGUCCAUCUGCGUGGUCGGUGGUGUUCUUCUCAGCUGUUCCUCCCCUCGUUCAUUCACAUAAAGCACACUGG